AUGCCUCCACGUCUUACGCGCUUCGCAGCGCUUCCAAUCCGAGCACCCCCGACCGUCUCGCUGCGCGUGAAAGUCGCGAGAUACAGCACCGCUCCCGAAGAUGCCGUGAUCCAAACACAAUAUGUUCCUGCGCCUGGAUCUGGAAAUAUUCGCGUUCUCCUUCUGAACAGACCUAAUGCUCGAAACGCACUAUCCCGGAGUCUCCUGACCUCGCUGGCUCAGCAUGUGCAGUCGAUCUCGUCUGAAGGUGGCAACGGGCCGACCAGAGCUCUGGUUAUCGGCAGCAAUACUGAUACAGCGUUUUGCGCGGGCGCUGACUUGAAAGAGAGGUUACAUAUGUCGAAGGAUGAGACGAACGCAUUUUUGGCAAAGUUGAGAGGUACAUUUCGCGACCUUGCAGCUCUCCAAGUUCCUACGAUCUCUGCCCUUUCUUCAACGGCGCUAGGAGGUGGCCUCGAGCUUGCCCUCUGCACACAUUUCCGCGUCUUCGGUUCAAACAGCACUGUCGGCCUUCCCGAGACAAAGCUCGCAAUUAUCCCAGGCGCAGGUGGCACAUAUCGUCUUCCCUCAAUUGUCGGUGUGAACCGUGCUCGGGACCUCAUCCUCACUGGACGCCGUGUUACCGCGCCUGAAGCCUACUUCAUGGGACUGUGUGAUCGAUUGGUCGAGAUACUUCCCGAGGAGGAGAAGAAGGACGGUGGCGCGCGUGAUAAGGUGUUACGUGAGAGUAUCAAGCUUGCUAUGGAUAUCUGCGAUGGCGGUCCUAUCGCUAUCAAUCAGGCGUUGAAGGCAGUGAACGGGUUCGAGAAGGGUGAGGUUGCAGAGAAUGAGGCUUAUGAUGGCGUCGUUGAGACAGAGGACAGACGCGAAGCUCUUCUUGCAUUUGCGGAGAAAAGAAAGCCUGCGUUUCGGGGACGGUAG